GUUCACAACGCGGGCGUGGCCAGACGUCAAUGUUUAUGUAGCCCGCUGUCCGCGUAUGUAACCGCUCCAAGGUCUCUGCAAUGUGAUUUCCUGACAUUGAUUUGUUUUCUUAUCAUUUUACCCUCCGUCUUCGCCACAUUAUGCACCAGCCUUUGACAUGGGGGACCACUAGCAGGUGAAACACGGAGGAAACCGAGGAAAAAGCCGGGAUGGCCGGCGCCUUUGGGUUCAAAGGCUGCCAGAAAAUCCGAGGUCCGCAGAUUAGAAGCCUGCUGGAGGCGAAGGACUACAUCCUCUUCGACUGCGACGGGGUCAUAUGGCACGGAGAGAAGGCGAUCACGGGCGCAGCGAAGGUGGUGAGCUCGCUCAUCCGACACGGUAAAAACGUAGUGUUCGUCACCAACAACAGCACCAGGCCCCGGGAGAAUUAUGUGCACAAGUUCUGCCGGCUGGGCUUCACCGACGUGAUGCUGGAGCAGAUCUUCAGCUCGUCGUACUGCUCGGCUCUCUACCUGAGAGACGUCGUCAAGGUCUGCGGCCAGGUGUUUGUCAUCGGCUGCGACGGACUGCGCAGAGAGCUGCAGGAGGCGGGCAUCCCCUGCGUGGAGGAGGCGGACGACCCGGACGCCACCAUCUACAACUGCGCCCUGGCUCCGGACGUCAAGGCGGUGCUGGUGGGACAUGAUGAUCAACUGACUUUUCUCAAACUGGCCAAAGCGUCGUGCUACCUGAGGGACCCGGACUGUGUGUUCCUGGCCACCGACAACGACCCCUGGCACCCUCUUUCAAGUGGAAGGAUACUGCCAGGUUCUGGGUCCCUCAUUGCAGCCCUGGAGGUGGCCUCAGGUCGCAAGGCCACUGUGAUCGGCAAGCCCAGCCGCUUCAUGUUCGAGUGCAUCUCCAGUCAGUUCAGGGGGGUGGACCCCGCCCAGUGCCUGAUGAUCGGGGACCGCCUAGAGACAGACAUGCUGUUCGGGUCCAACUGCGGCUUCGACACGAUGCUCACUCUCACUGGUGUGUCUCAGAUCGAGGAGGCCCAGGAGUACAGAAAUAGUGAGCUGACCACCAACCAGAGCUUGGUGCCCGACUACGUGGUGGACACCAUCGCUGAUUUCUUACCGGCCUUUGAGGGACUGGAGGAACAGGAGGAACCGGAGGAACAGGAGGAGAAGAGCAAUUGACGAGUCCUUCCGCCUCCAGUACGGAGCACAGAUUGCUUCCGCUACAUUUCAAGUGCAAUGUUUAGUCUGGCGUUUGCAAAAAAAUAAACAAAAAAAAUAAGGCUCUAAUCCACAAUUAUCAAAACCUACAAAUGCUCCUCAAUAAACAAGGCGCUGUUCAUGUUGUGACCAUGACAGAAUAUUCUCCCCCAGAUUAAUCUGAGUAAUCCAGUGCAUACCUCAGUGUUUUUUCUAGUGUUGUGCCCAUUUGUGACUUGACAGUUCCUCGUUGCUCUAAGUGUUUAUAUUAAUAUCUGAAUAUACUGCACUUUCUUGUUCAUAGAGGUCGUGUUUGAUAUUGGGUUUUAAACAUCAAGAGGUAUUUUUGUAAAGCCAUGAAUUGUUCUGUAACGGCAUUCAUGUGUUUAAGAGUUGGUUGUUCCAUUGUUUUUUUUAUUAGGAUGAAGUUGUGUUGUGACCUCUCCUCGAUUCAUUCACGGCAAGAGGAGAAAUUAAAAUCUGUGUGAACUUUUCUCAGCUCUGGUAGAGACUAAGAUGACAAUCUGCCAGUCAGACAGGUGAAGUGUCUGUUCACUUUUGGCCUUUCUGUCAUGUCUGUACAACUUGUGCCAAUCUUCAUCCGAGUAAUAAACCGCUUGCUGAAUCUCAUAGUUAGAAAAACCCGGUGACACAUUAAUGGUGGCCGCUGCACUGUUGUGAAAUUUCAAUGUUGUUAAUGUUUACCAUAUAGAGCAUGCCAGCAACGGUAAUGACAAUAAAUACCUAAAAUGAA